CAAUUCCUACGGGUUCCCUUUGAAAGGCAAGCCAAUGAAAAGCCUCCAUCUUAUUUGUAGUGCAUGGGCGUCCAUCCACCUCUUCCUCUUCGCUCGUCUUUUAACUUAAAAGUAGUAUUCCAUUGCAGGCCGGUCCAUUGCGCUUCUCAAAGCUUCUUCAGAAAGCUCUCGCUACGGUACAUCCUGCUACCAUGGCGGCAGCGCAAGUGGCGUCUCUGUAUCAGUUUCUGGGAGUCGCUGCUGGUGCAUUGUUCCUUGGUUGGUACCUGGGGGUGACGCUGCAGUACCCAAAACUUCCACAAAGCACAGAAUUAGAGGAGGAAGAGGAAGUCGAUGGAGAGGAGGAAGAAGAUGAGAGCGAUGCAGAAGAGGACAUGCCAUCUGCGAACUCUGGCGUUGAUGAGUAUGAGGAGCUGGCGAAGAAGUACGAGGACUUUAAGAUGGUGCUGGUGGUUCGGAACGACCUGAAGAUGGGGAAGGGCAAAAUCGCUGCUCAGUGCAGCCACGCAACAUUGGGGGUAUAUAAGCACCUUCUGAGACGAGGGCCCUCAAUACUUCGGAGAUGGGAGUACUGCGCCCAAGUGAAGGUCGUUGUCAAGGCCGAGACGGAAGCCGACAUUCUCGCUUUGCAGAGUCAAGCUAGGGCGGUCGGUUUGCCGACCCAUAUCACCAUAGAUGCGGGACGCACGCAGAUUGCUCCAAACUCUCGGACUGUCAUGGCGAUCGUAGGUCCGGCGAAACUAGUUGACGACGUAACGGGUCAUCUCAAACUUCUAUAGCGAGCCUGUGGUAAUCAUGAUCUGGAAGCGAGGUGCUUGUUCGAACACACGUGGUACCGUGCUUUAAAGACGCAAAAAGUCGGAGUGUUCUUGAAUCGAACAGCUCCACAGCCUUUCGUUGCGGAACAUGCGUCAAUCCUUGAUGGAGCCUGGGGAAUGGGUUAUUGAGGCCCGCUACAGUGGUUGCGCGCAGCUGCAUCUAUGGGUACGCAGUUGUUCUCUUAACCGGAGCACCUAGGCUAUUCCUUAAAUUGAUAUCCUUAAUAUGCAUCUGAUGCAUUCCUG